AACAUGCCCCAAAAAUAGUGCAGCAAGCUCAUUCUUUGACUCCAGGAGUAUACUUGGGAUCCCUUGACUCGGCAAAGAGAAGGGCCAUGACUAGGGGCGCACGUCGCGGCGACGGCCCCUGGCCGCCGGAACAUCAGAUCUCCGCACUCUCCAUACCGGAGAUCCAUGCUGAUCCCCCGGCGCACUGCUCCUCGUCUGCGCCGUCGAUGCAGGGGGUGGAGGGCGCUCACGCAGAUCCGGCAGACGCUGGUCUCUCGAUCCCUCACACUGCGCAGACGGAGUGCUGGAGGAUUCAUUUCGCCGACGAGUGCUCGUCUGAUGGCUGGAUCGAGGGUCGUCUUCAACAUAAUCCAUCGUCUAGGUGGACGGGGAUUAUCAAUUUGGACAACGAUGUCCUUGCCGACGAUUACCUGGCGGCCGACGUCCGGAUUACGGUUAUCUUCAGAGCUACUGCAUGGAUCCGUACGUGGUCCUUACUCACUCCUACGGAAUCCAGGGAGCCGCUGGUUACUGGGUGCAACCAAUGGAAGAUGGUAGCACGGGUUAUAUUCAAGCAAUUUGGAUGAAGGUCGCUUAACAGGAUAGGAGUUUAGGUCUCUAGUCCUGUUAUCAUCAUCGGUUGUAAUCUUGAGGUCUUUUAUGGCUUUGCCAUCCUGCUCCUUUUGCGAGGGAUACUAUUUGUUUUUUAAGACUUUUAAUAAUAUUGCUGCAUGCAUCAUUCAGAUGCAGA